AUGGCCAAGUUUUUCUUUAUGGAGUAUCUCCUUCCAGAGCUCAUCUGCCACUACCAAGACCCUCAACUGGCUGAAGAGAUCCGCUGUCUGCACUGCAAACGGCCUAGUUUUGGCAAAAUGAUCAAGAAGAGGCCAACGACAGGGAGAAGUUUAUCAGAGUGUGUCUCAGUGUGUCUUCUUCCUGGAGACAUGUUGACCCGAACAGCCGCACACAGACACAGGCAGGUGGGGCGCCCCCCGCUGGACACCAGUGGGACAGCAGCUGCAGACUGGUUGGUCUCCAAACAGAAAGCUGUGUGUUUUGUCAUUAAACGUGAACAUUCGUAUCACAAAGAAUGGAUCAUUUCAAAGACAAGAAAGAAAGUGUGUAAAAGGACAUGUUUGGAUCCAGACUCAGGGCUGGUGAAGGUGGGGCGUAUGUGGGCAGUGCGACACAGGGGGAGGUUUCUCUUUAAACACACUGUGAGGAAGAGAAACCGCUUUGCUGGGACCAGCGUCCACGUGACUCCUAGAGCUCUCCACAAACGGAACCACGCUGGAGAGACUCUGCUGCACCUGGCCUGUAAACGCCAGGACCAGACCCAGGUCCAGACUCUGAUCCGAGCUGGAAUCAACGUCAACCUCCGGGACUAUGCAGGUUGGACUGCUCUACACGAGGCUGCAGCCAGAGGAAACCUGGUGGUGGUGGAGGCGCUGCUGGAGGCUGGGGCGCAGGUCAACGCCCGCGGCACCAGCGGGGAAACACCUCUGCACGAUGCUGUGAACGCAGACAACUACGAGGUGGUGAAGCUGCUGCUGGAGCACGGGUCUCACCCUCACGACCAGACCAUGGCAGGUCUGAGUGCUCUGGAUACAGCGAGGAGCAGGAGAGUGAGAGAGCUGCUGCUGGAGUACGCAGGACCCACAGCCUCAGCGGUGGAGCAGCACAGCCCCACACAGGCCUCUGUCUCUGGGGAACACACACAGACCUCAGACCCCUCUGUCCUGGAGCCUCCUGGGUCUAAAGCUCCAGGUCCACUGCUGAACCGAGUCUGGGACAAACUGAAGCAGCUGGAGGAGUCCCCUGAGGGUCCUCAAACAGACCUGUCCACUCUCUGGGACGUCCACACUGUCCUCACACAGGUGUUAGCCAAGCAGCACGUGGCCAAAGACAACCUCACACAUCUGUACUGGACGGUCCCUUGCUGGCUUCGUAAGCUUGUGUUGAAACAUCAGCUGGUCUCGCUGGCCUCAGAGCAGACUCAGCUGGUGGACGUCAUCCAGAAGCAGAUGAGAGUGGUCGAUCAGUACAUUCAGAGACACGACAGCAGCCGUCCAGUACCAGGCUCUGCUCCGAGGAACCAGGACCUCAAGGCAACUCUGUCAACAAGACAACACAGCCAGGCUAACAUCCCAACUCUCCACACAACCCACGCAUCAGCACAAGAAGAAGAAUCCCUCCGCUGUUUGGAUCCAAAGCCAAACAGCCAGUCUUUCCGAUCAACUGUCCUACCAUCUCAAAAGAGCCAAGCCCAGAAUUCAACUCUUGUACAAGCAGGAAGAUACCAAGACCUCAAGAGAAGCCAACAAACAGCUGCGGUUGAAACAGCCAGAGACAAACCUAUGAACCCAACUCAGGGGCUGUCACAGGUAGAUCAAGACAUGAACUCAAAUCUGGUACAAGAGGAAAGAAACCAAGACCUCAAGACAAGUGUAGAAGACAGCCAGUCCCUCAUAUCGACUGGAAACUCAGCUCAAAGAAGCCAUGGGGAAAGCAAGAAGACAGUGGCAGUGGAUGUAACAGGGAGAUCCCAAGACCCUGAGUCAAGUCAAGAAACAGCACAAAACGAGGAAAACAGCCCGUCCCUCAUACCAACUACUGCUCCACCUCACAGAAUUCAGUCCCACCCAAGCAACAAGGUUCUACAAUCAACUUUAGACCCGUCUUUCAACUCUGCUGUGGUUGUAACAGCGAGAGACCGACCAAGGAUAUCAGUUCAAGGACUAGAACAGAGAAAUCAAGGCUUGACCUCAACUCUAGUACAAGCAGAAAGAUGCCAAGGUUUGAAACCAGUGCUGCUUACAGAACAAAACAACAUGAUGGAAGUGUUGGCACCAGAGAGAAACCAGGACGCCAACCAGAUACUGGAGGAAGAAAACAGCCCAUCUCUCAUACCGACUCCAGCUCCACCUCUAAGAAGCCAAGAGCAAAGCAACAAGAUCCUCCAACCAACCCUAGACCCUCCGCAGAGAGACCUGUCCGCCAACUCUGCUGUGGGUAUAACAGCAAGAGACCGACCUAUGAACCCAAUUCAAGGACUGGCACAGGUAGAUCAAAGCUUGAACUCAAAUCUGGUACAUGCAGAAAGAAACCAAGACCUCAAGACAAGUCUGAGAACAGCAGAAAAUAGCAAUGAUCUGGGAAAUGUUGGGCCGAGAAGGGAGGCGAGAGUUCCAAAACAGAGCUGCCAGACCCUCGUGUCAACUGUGAUUCUCCCUCAAAGAAGCCAAGAGCAAAGCACCAAGAUCCUCCAACCGACUUCAUACUCUUUGCAGAAAAACCAGUCCUCCAACUCGUCUGUGGUUGUAAUAGGACAAUACCCAGGCUUGACCCCACUGUUAGUGUCCUCUCAAAAGUCUUCCACAUUCACCGCUGCAUCUGCACUUCCGAGUGUCCGAACGCAAACUGGGGAACAGACUGUGGAAGCUGGAGUCUUCUCUGGUCCCACUGGUCCGGGACCGAAGCCCAGACCGCGCCCAGAGAGGACCGGCCGAGGCCGGCCCCUGAAGGGAGCAGCGAGACGUACUACAACUGGAAGGACAGCGGGUUCUAAGAGACCGUUUGGACCCAGUUCAGGAGCAGUGGAGGAUGAUCUCUGCAGACCGGUCCAGGCCUCGGCUUCAGCAGAUGUUGAUGGUUUGUCGCUGGUGAUGAAGAUCCGAAUGGUUCAUAUUGUUGAGGAUGAGGAGCUGGUUCCAAACGCUCUCAUGGACCAGUACUGGGACCAGCUGCUGAAGCAGGACACUUGGUCCUUCUGA